UCGAUGCUCCCGGAAGUGGCCCGGCGGCUGCGCGCCGGGCGCGGGCAGUGCUCGCUCCUGCUGGGGCGCUGCGGUGGCGCCCUCGUCCAGGCGUCGCUAUGACCAGCGAGCUGGACAUCUUCGUGGGGAACACGACCCUCAUCGACGAGGACGUGUAUCGCCUCUGGCUGGACGGUUAUUCGGUGAACGACGCGGUGGCCCUGCGGGUGCGCUCGGGAAUCCUGGAGCAGACCGGCGCCACCGCGGCGGUGCUGCAGAGCGACACCAUGGACCACUACCGCACUUUCCACAUGCUCGAACGCCUGCUGCACGCACCGCCCAAGCUACUGCACCAGCUCAUCUUCCAGAUCCCACCCUCUCGACAGGCACUGCUCAUCGAGAGGUACUAUGCCUUUGACGAGGCCUUUGUACGGGAGGUGCUGGGCAAGAAGCUGUCCAAAGGCACCAAGAAGGACCUGGAUGACAUCAGCACCAAAACAGGCAUCACCCUCAAGAGCUGCCGGAGACAGUUUGACAACUUCAAGCGAGUCUUCAAGGUGGUGGAGGAAAUGCGGGGCUCCCUGGUGGAUAACAUCCAGCAACACUUCCUCCUGUCCGACCGGCUGGCCAGGGACUAUGCAGCCAUCGUCUUCUUUGCCAACAAUCGCUUUGAGACAGGAAAGAAAAAACUGCAGUAUCUGAGCUUCGGGGACUUUGCCUUCUGUGCUGAGCUCAUGAUCCAGAACUGGACCCUCGGAGCCGUCGACUCCCAGGUGGAUGACAUGGACAUGGACUUAGACAAGGAGUUUCUCCAGGACUUGAAGGAGCUCAAGGUGCUUGUGGCUGACAAGGACCUUCUGGACCUGCACAAGAGCCUGGUGUGCACUGCCCUCCGGGGAAAGCUCGGUGUCUUCUCUGAGAUGGAAGCCAACUUCAAGAACCUGUCCCGGGGGCUGGUGAAUGUGGCCGCCAAGCUGACCCACAAUAAGGAUGUCCGAGACCUGUUUGUGGACCUCGUUGAAAAGUUUGUGGAGCCCUGCCGCUCCGACCACUGGCCGCUGAAAGACGUGCAGCUCUUCUUGAAUCAGUAUUCGGCGUCGGUCCACUCCCUGGACGGCUUCCGGCACCAGGCCCUCUGGGACCGCUACAUGGGCACCCUCCAUGGCUGCCUCCUGCGUCUCUAUCAUGACUGAGGCCGCCUCCCACCGCCCUCCCUCACUGACAAUAAAGUGGCCAUGACUUUGAA